AUGGACGGUGGCAGUGUUCGUCCAUCGCCAGCACCCCAUCUUUUCCAACUCGAGACAUCAUUACCUCACUCACAUUCACGGAUCGACUGCAUCGAGCUUUUGGUGGAAAGUGGGCGCUUUCGUGGGAACGGAACAAUGUCGACUCCCACGAGCAUGAGAGCUCUCCAAGAACCGGCAAUACUGUACCUCAUCCUCUCUCAACUGUCACAACAAGAACUCUUGCGCGUGCAGAUGGUAUGCCAGACGUGGAACAGACUAAUCUCGACCGAUUCGAGACUCUUGACGAUAAUGUGGCUACAUCCCGGGAUUCCUCCCACGCACGUCGAGGAGGCCACGACACAAGUGAACCCUCUGUUGCUGAAGACGUUUCCGUACAUAUUCGAGACCUGCAACUUCGAGGAUUACUUCACAGUAUUUCCAACCUGGGAGGAUACGCCAUUCAGGGACAUGUGGGUGCGUCGGAGUCCCGCUUUGCUUCCAAUCUUGAAGCACCCAGCCGCGAGCUGGAGGAGGAUGUUGCCGAUUAACCCACCACCAGAUCAGCUGCUAGUCAAUGUUUCUGGCGAAGGGAAAGGGGGAGGCAAGUUCUUACGGCUAAACUUCAGCAAUCAGAAUACGCAGGACAUGCGACCUUCCCAUCCCUCAUGGCUCACAUUUGGUAUGCUAUACGAUAUUGUCGAAUGCGCAUGGUACCAGGCCAAGCCAUGGCGUCUUCAUUGCGUCAAAUUCGAUUUUCCCAGCGCUUCCUUGACAGAAAGGCCCCACAGAGAAUGGAUCCCACAAGACGCCGUCAUCUCUGAUGAGCUCCGCGCUUCAGCAAGAAGCCGUGCAGGGCUGGUAAGGAUCGAGCUCGAGCCUGAUACCCGGUCAGAAUUCGAGCGAUCGAAGUUGCAUGCAGAAGUUAUUGCUGAGCGGGAACGUUCGCAGAAAAGGCACGAAAGAUAUGGAUUCUGUGGAACUACAUUCAAGAUACGAGGAGAGAUAUUCACGACCGAGUUCCAUUUCGCAGAUGCGCUCUCGCUCGAUGAGAUUGCAUGGGAUGAAGUACAUGAAUACGACAGGCCUUCGGUCGAAGUACCGCCGGCACCACCAAGUCCACCCCAACGACGUUUCCUGGGAAUUAGGAUAGGCAGGCGAAGAUGA